GUCAGCCGGGCAACCAGCCAGUCUGCCAGCCAGCCCGCGGGCGCUGCAGCCGCCGCCGCCGCCGCAGCACAAGGGCAGACGCGCCGCGGCGCGGGGCUCGGGCCGGGGCGCGCGGUGCCCUCGCUCCUGGCCGCGCCCGCCGCCGCGCAGGGAUCCCUGGUCACCUCCCUUGUCCUGUUCUUCCUGGAUGGAACAAGAAGAUAAUCAGGGCCUGUGUGAAGCCCAGGACUCAGAACGCAAGGGGAUGGGCUCUUAUUUUGAGAACUCUGAAGACAGGGAAGGGGACCCAGAAGAAAGAGGAAUGGGCUCUAACCCACAUGACGCAGACAAGAGAGAAGGCCACCCAGAGCAAGAGAUGGGCUCCAACCCAAAGGAUGACACUCUAAGAGGGGCCUCAGAGGAGAGGGAACUAGUGUCUGACAUCUGCACAGAGGGACUGCUGAGCGAGGAAGAAGGGGUUGCUCUCCCUGAGGAAGAGGAUGACCAAUCUGGAGUAGCUGAGAUGGCGAUGUUUCCAGGGCUGUCUGAGUCCGACAGCACUUCCCGGAGCCCCCAGGAAGAGGAGGAGGAGGAGAGCGCUGGGGAGAACCGGCUAGAGGAGGAACAGCCGCCCCCUGCCGCCAUGCUUCCCUGGAGGCGGCACCUCUCCUUGGGGAGUCGGCCCCGGGGCGACAAGCCUGCCCACCGCCGCUUCCGCCGACUCCACCACCCCAUGGCCAUGGACCUCGGGGAGCUCGACAGCCUGAUGGCCAGCAUCAUGGACGCGCCCACCAUCUGCCCCGACUGCGGGGAGAGCUUCAGCCCGGGCGCCGCCUUCCUGCAGCACCAGCGCAUCCACCGCCUGGCAGAGGCCGCCGCGGCCGCCAGCCUGGAGCCCUUUGGCUUCGCGGGCGAGUGCGGCGCGGUGGUGGGGAUGAUGGGUGUGGGCGUGGCCGGUGGCUUCGGGGCGGGGCCCGCGCUGGCCCGGCCCCCACGCGAGAAGCCCUUCCGCUGCGGGGAGUGCGGCAAGGGCUUCAGCCGCAACACCUACCUGACCAACCACCUGCGGCUGCACUCGGGCGAGCGGCCCAACCUGUGCGCCGACUGCGGCAAGAGCUUCAGCUGGCGCGCCGACCUGCUCAAGCACCGGCGGCUGCACACUGGCGAGAAGCCCUACCCGUGCCCCGAGUGCGGCGAGGCCUUCAGCCUCAGCUCGCACCUGCUGAGCCACCGGCGUGCGCACGCGGCGGCCAGCGGCGCGGGGCCGGCGGCGCUGCGGCCUUUCGCCUGUGGGGAGUGCGGCAAGGGCUUCGUGCGCCGUUCGCACCUGGCCAACCACCAGCGCAUCCACACGGGCGAGAAGCCGCACGGCUGCGGCGAGUGCGGCAAGCGCUUCAGCUGGCGCUCGGACCUGGUGAAGCACCAGCGCGUGCACACGGGCGAGAAGCCCUACAUGUGCUCCGAGUGCGGCGAGACCUUCAGCGUCAGCUCGCACCUCUUCACGCACAAGCGCACGCACUCGGGCGAGCGGCCCUACGUGUGCCGCGAGUGCGGCAAGGGCUUCGGGCGCAACUCGCACCUGGUGAACCACCUGCGCGUGCACACGGGCGAGAAGCCCUUCCGCUGCGGCCAGUGCGAGAAGCGCUUCAGCGACUUCUCCACGCUCACGCAGCACCAGCGCACGCACACGGGCGAGAAGCCCUACACGUGCAUCGAGUGCGGCAAGAGCUUCAUCCAGAGCUCGCACCUGAUCCGCCACCGCCGCAUCCACACCGGCAACAAGCCGCACAAGUGCACCGGCUGCGGCAAGGGCUUCCGCUACAAGACGCACCUCGCGCAGCACCAGAAGCUGCACCUGUGUUAGGGCUGGGCCCGACGGAG